AUGUCUUCUCUUGGUGGCAUCGUGCAUGUGAAUGCAUUGAUUGAGGAAGUAAAUAAGUCAAUGCAUGUUAAUAGUCAUCACUCUUUUGCAAGCGGAAUAAUUCAUGUCGAUAGGUCUUGUGUUAAUGGCAGCGUAUAUGUGAGGGCAUUGAUUGAGAGAGUUAAUGAGUCAAUGCAUGUUAAUAGUCAUCGGCUUUUGCAGGUUGGGCUUCAUGAUGCUCUACAUCUUCAUGAGCUUUAUAUGUGUCGGAGGAUGACACUGUUUCAUUAUGAUAUUGGAUAUUAUAAGGGGAUUGUUGAUAAGGUCCUUCAAAACCCUGUGUCAGAAGGUGGAGUUGGGGCAUACGCUCCAAAAAUGUUUGGCAUUCCUAAAUCGGAGAAGGAAGAAAUUGAAUGUCUUCUUUCAUCCAUAGUUCCUUCGCUUCUAGAGUGUUGUAAUUGGGUUGAAUGUCAUCAUGUUGAGGAGGUUCUGCAUGUGUUGAAGUCGAUGCCGAUGCAUCCUCGGGUCAUGUAA